AUGUGGAGAGAGGGAGGGAGAGAGAGUGUAUAUGGGAAAGAGAGAGAGACAGAGAGAGAGAGGGUGCUGCUCAGUUGGCUCUCCCAGUCUGACAACAGCAGCCGUUCUCCCCCUGCUCCGCUGUGCUGAAACUCCACCAGGUUGUGACAGCCAUGUUGGCGGUGUGUUUGAGGCUGCUUUUGCUCCUCCCCCUGGCUUUCUGUGUCCCCUCCCCCUCCAGAUCUCCUUCCAGAGUCUGUAGACGGUGCUGCGACCACCUGGAGCCGCCAGCAGCCACGGGACAAUAUCAGCUACCUGAGGUCCGCACUGUCAUCAACAUGACCAUCCUCAAAGGUGAUAAAGGAGACAGAGGCGACAAGGGUACACCUGGCAAACCCGGCUUAGAGGGACCUCCCGGCGCGCGAGGACCCAUGGGACCUAAAGGCCCCAAAGGCCAGGCAGGCACCCCUGGAGAUGCCUGCAAGAUCCCUCACUCAUCCUUCUCGGUGGGACGCCGCAAGUCCCUGCACAGCGUGGACUACUACCAGGCGCUGGUGUUUGACACUGUGUUCGUCAACCUCUACGGCCACUUCAACAUGUUCAAAGGCAAGUUCUACUGCUACGUGCCAGGGAUCUACUUCUUCAACAUUAACAUCCACACCUGGAACUUUAAGGAGACCUACCUCCACCUGAUGCACAACGACAAGGAGCAGGUGAUCCUGUACGCUCAGCCCAGCGAGAGGUCCAUCAUGCAGAGCCAGAGUGUCAUGAUGGACCUGGCUCUGAAUGACGAGGUCUGGGUGCGACUCUACAAGAGGGAGAGGGAGAACGCCAUUUACAGUGACGACGUGGAUGUUUACAUCACCUUCAACGGAUACCUCUUGGCACCUAGCAUCCAGUGAAAAAAAAAUAAAAAAAAUAAAAAGGGAAUGAAGUAGGGCUGGGUAUCAAAUUCAAUGCUUUUAAGGGACCGACCGAAUUGCCUCUAAAGCAUCAAGUAUCAAAAAAUACCUUGUAAUUCAAUACCCAAUUUCAAUAUCUCAUCAUAAGUGAGCAAAUCAGCAUGCCUCAUGGUUCGACUAGAUAUAAUAAUGUUGGGGAUGUCUAACGUUCCACGUUGUAAAGACAGGUUGGAAAAGCUCCACGUUUCACAGAGACAGGCUCAUGUAGAAGGAGCUGAAAAAUAAAAAAAAGAUCUGUGCCGUAAUGUGUAAUUUAAAAGAAAUUGUUUUAUAAAAAUUAGUAUUGAAAGAAAGUAUCCUUUACCAACCGGUAUUAAAGUCACAGUAAUGGGUAUUGGUACCAGUAUUGAAUAUGUGUGAACAGUACCCAGCCCUAGAAGGGAGGGAAUAACUCGAGGAGUGGAAGAAUCUUUGGAUUGGAUUUUUUGGGUCGUUUUGCAAUGGAUACUGCUUCAUACCAAGAAAGUAAACAGAGGAGACUGAACUCAACUAAACAGAAGACAUUACAGGUUUGGUGCUUAUUAAA